CCGCGAAAGGGAUCCACUAUCCCACCCCGAUAUUCUCUCUUACUAACCACCAUGUCCAGCAUCAAGAUCGAUUGGGAGAAGGUGGCCAACCCUGAGACCGUGCUCGAGCGCUUCCACAGCCGGCGCUCCGUCGUGUAUAGCACCAAAGGGAUCGUCGCUGCCUCGCAGCCCCUGGCAGUCGCAGCUGGAUUGGAGAUCCUGAACAAGGGAGGAAACGCCGCUGAUGCUGCCGUCGCAACUUCGGCCGCUUUGAACGUAACGGAGCCCAGCUGCUGUGGGAUCGGCGGCGACGCGUUCUGUCUGUUCUACGAUGCGAAGACCAAAACUGUGAAGGCUCUGAACGGAUCCGGUCGCUCUCCAGAGAAACUGACUUUGGAAUACGCGCGAGGGCGCGGACUAACCGGAGGGUCAAUUCCUUUGACUGAUCUCAAUUCGGUGACUGUCCCGGGUGCGGCGGCGGCCUGGAUCGACACUGUCGAGAAACUGGGGAGCGGGAAUGUCACCACGGCAGAUGUGUUUGCCCCCGCAAUCCGUCUCGCCGAGGAAGGGCAACGUGUCAUGGCAGAGAUCGGAAGUGAGUCCAAUCGUCUGCUCUCCGGUCCCGGCCUGGACACUUCUCACCGGAUCACACAGAAUCUGAUCAAGAAUGCCUCCCCCAACGGCAACGAGAUGCUGCUCAAUGGAAAGGCUCCUCUGCCGGGGCAGAUCAUUCAGCUGCCCAAUCUCGCGCGGACCUUCAGGCAGCUGGUCGAGCAGGGCAAAGACGGCUUCUACAAGGGGCGCGUUGCCGAAGCCAUUGUCGAGCUCAUCCAGAGCAAGGGCGGUGUGAUGGAGCUGGAGGAUCUCGCCAAGCAUAAAACCGACUUUGUUGAGCCGAUCAAGUACACCUACGCGAACGAAGUGACGCUCUAUGAGUGUCCCCCCAAUGGACAAGGCCUCACCGCUCUCGUUGCGUUGGGGAUCCUGGAAAGUCUCCAAGAAUCGGGAGCUAUCAAGCCAUUGCUUGAGCUCGAGCACAACGGCCCUGAAUAUCUGCAUGUCAUGAUCGAGGCCCUGAGGCUUGCGUUCGCCGACACCCAGUACUAUGUGUCAGACCCAGACGUUGUUCCAGUGCCUGUCGAGGAGCUUCUCAGCAAAGAAUAUCUAGCUUCUCGGGCAAAACUGAUCAACCCCCUUAAGACGAAUCCGGAAAUCGUUCAUGGCAACCCGAUGAACUCCAGUGACACUGUCUAUUUCACGGUGGCCGACCAAUGGGGAAACGCCUGUAGUUACAUCCAAAGCAACUAUGCCGGAUUUGGAACAGGAGCGAUUCCGAAGGGCUGCGGAUUCACGCUGCAGAACCGCGGCAGUUGCUUUGUUCUGCAGGACAAGCACCCGAACGGAUUGGCCGGGGGCAAGCGACCUUAUCACACGAUUAUCCCCGCGAUGGCUCUUCGGGGCGAUGAGCUGUUCCUGAGUUACGGAGUCAUGGGCGGCUUCAUGCAGCCUCAAGGCCACAUCCAAGUCUUACAAGGAAUGCUGCGAGGCUUCACCCCUCAAGCGGCCCUGGAUUCUCCGCGCUUCUGCAUAUCGGCCGGCAGUCCGGACACGCAAUCCCAAAAUACUGGAAACGCUGGUGAUAUUAACAGCGAAGUCUAUUUCGAGGAGGGUAUCCCAGAGUCUACGGUUGAGCAAUUGCGAGGCAAUGCAGCCAUGGGACACGACGCUCGGAUAGCCAGUGGAUUCAGCCGUGGGAUGCUCGGGCGCGGGCAAGUCAUCCAGAAGCUCAACGCUCCGUCCGGGCGCUUCGUUUGGGCGGCCGGUUCCGACUUGCGGGCCGAUGGUCACGCUGCUCCCCAAAUCUAA